CAUAAUUGCAUAUGCACCUAUGAAAUGAUAAAAAAAUAAAAAAAACAAUCUCUGGUCUAUUUUUGAUUCAGUACACUAUCUUCCAAAAACCUCUUUACACUUUCAAAACUGAUGCUUCUGUCAAAACCCCAAUCAGAUCUGCUAUCAGACUCGGCUAAAAUCUUCGUUCAAUCUGUUCUUCAAAGCCAGCCGUUUUCCUCCCAGUCAAAUCUGCGAAGACAACCGAUCAAAAGCUUCGGAGAUAAUCCCUCUUUCAAUUUAGGGAUUUAAUGCUCAAAGAAUUUCUCUGGUCGCAUGCCAAUAUCCGGUCGACUCGUAGAUUUCUCUCUUAAGUUUUUUCGCGAAACCCUAGAUUGCUUUCUCAAUCGAAAAUGGGUCCUUUGACGUGUAACCGCAACAAACGUGUCGGAGAAUUUCAAUCUUCAUCACAAUCUACUUCUUGUUAUGCCUAUUGUCACCCUCACAUCUCGAAGAAGCACAAGCCAUCAUCUUGGUAUUCGACUUCGGUUGCCGCAAAGGAGAGUUCGGUUUUAAGGCUUAGUCGAUAUCCGCAACCGGUGACCCAGAUUCCUAGAGAACUUCAUGCUCCUUGUAUAGUUGUUAAGGGAUUUAAUGCAAACUCGAAAAGAUUAGAUAGUACUUCUAGUGGAUAUAAUACACAACAACCAGAUAAUUUUGUGGACCGGAUGAGGAAUUUUUUCCGUGCGACGUGUGAAAGAGUGAAGGAAGCAAUUUUCGGCAGUCAUACGCAUGUUAAGUCUGAAACUGAGGAUGAGAUAGAUGUCGACAGUAUACAGAAUGUCAGUGAGGAAGAAGCUGCUUCACGGGAUUCAGAUGUUGAGGAGGUUGCAAUGGUGGAAGGUGAGAGAGAAGACAUUGACAAAUCAGGGGAUCUACAAGAUAUCAUAGCUAAAUUUAGGGAAUUAGAUGGAGAGGCUGGAGAAAAUCUUGGCUUUCAGCCUUCUACUUCUUCAGGAGUGGUUUCACAGUUGACAGAUGGGAAGAAUUUAGAAUCAUUAUCACUGAACCAAAGGCCAGAUGAUUCGGAUGUAGAUGCAGGUUUAACAGAUUGGAAGAGAUUAGAAUCAUUAUUACUCAACCAGAGGCCAAAUGAUUCGGAUGUAGAUGCAAGUUUGCCUUACCAUAAAAAGCUAUUAGAAGAUUCAGCCAAAAAACACGACUCAAAUCUUAGGAGGUUGAGCUAUGAUAUCAAACUACAGGAACAAAAGAGAGCUUUGUAUAAGCAGUUGCAUCCUGUGAAGAAAGAGGAGGACACACUAAUUGAGCCUUUUCAGCCUCUUACAGACGAUGAAGAGGAAAUGGUUGCUGAUGCAUUGUCUAAUUCUAGUCGAAGGAAGGUUUUGGUUACUCAUGAGAAUUCAAAUAUUACAAUCACCGGAGAAGUUUUACGGUGUUUAAAACCUUGCCAAUGGUUAAACGAUGAGGUUAUUAAUGUUUAUCUUGAGUUGCUGAAAGAGAGGGAACAGAAGGAACCAGAAAAGUUUCUAAAAUGUCAUUUCUUCAACACGUUUUUCUACAAGAAGUUGAUAAGUGGAAAGCUCGGCUAUGAUUACAAGUCAGUUAGAAGAUGGACUACCCAAAGGAAGUUGGGAUACAGUCUUCUUGAUUGUGACAAAAUAUUUAUCCCUGUUCAUAAAGAAAUACAUUGGUGUUUGGCUGUUAUCAAUAAAAAAGAAGAAAAAUUCCAGUAUCUAGACUCACUUGGAGGCAUUGACAAACAAGUAAUGGGAGUAUUGGCCAAGUACAUUGUUGAUGAGGUGAAAGAUAAGAAUGGGGAAGACAUUGAUGUGUCUUCGUGGAAGCAAGAAUAUGUGAAGGAUCUUCCUAUACAGAAGAAUGGGUUUGAUUGUGGUGUGUUUAUGAUUAAAUAUGCAGACUUUUAUAGCAGGGACAUUGGGCUUUGUUUCAAACAGGAAAACAUGCCGUAUUUUAGGUUAAGGACUGCGAAGGAGAUACUGAAAUUGAGAGCUGACUGAAUGAAUACGUGUCAUGGGCAAAUGGGUUGAGGGUUCAAGUGCUGCUUUUGAGGAAAGGUGUACAUUUUGGAGUAACGGAGUAGAAUAGGUGAUGUGUGAGUUUAGGUGUUCUAGAAAAAAGUAAAUUAUUUUUGUUAAUUUAAUAAUUCAUUUUUGUUAAUUUAAUUAAAGUUAAAUGAAAAUUAUGUGGUUUAUAAUGUUAUGACAGUAUCUUUGUGAAGAUUAAGAAACUGCUCAAAUUGAAAGAAGUGGAAUGGUAAAUGAAUGAAAUUCCAAGGUAGCAGAAUAAGAUAAUGAUAUAAGUCAUCCAGGCAUCAUCUACAAUAUAUUAAACUUUUGAUUUCUUUCAAUUCUAUUACUUUCUUCCCAUAAUGUGUAUAUUUAGAAAAAUAAUUUAUUAUAAAAUCUAAUUUAUGACAUUUAUUUACGGAUUAACAAGUUUCUUUUCCUG